UCCCUUUCGGGGUCGCGGGCCUCGCCAGUUUGCUAGACUCGAAAUCGCCCUGGACAACAUUUUGCCUAGAGAUGCAACAGAGCGCUUCAAAUAUCAAAUACUGGUUGAUCACGUCAAGUUAGAAGACGCUCUUCUCAUUGCUGACUCUUACAGCAAUAGUCCAACUCCCUACUCUAAGACAAUGGCGUCGCUGACUGAAAUGUAUGGACAGCCUCACAAAUUGGCCUUACAGCGCAUCAAUGAGGUCCUAGCUGAGCCUCCCAUCAGAAGUGGUGACAGCAAAGGGUUUCGCCUCUUUGCACUUAAGGUCAGAGCCCUCGUGGGAAUGCUAGAGCAGCUUGGAAGAGAGGGAAAGACUGAAUUGGAAUGUGGAUCACACACCUCUCGUCUUCUGUCUAAGCUGCCUCAUGAGCUGAGAGCCCAGUUCAAACGUUUCAUCAACCCCAUCAUAACUCCAAUACCUACUUUGCUUGACUUUUCAGAAUGGCUUGAACAGGAAGUUCGCAUUCAAGAUGAUGACUUUCUACCAUCUCACCCACGACCAUCACGAGAUGAGCGCCAGAAAUUCAUCAAGCCCAAGCAGCAGAAGUUUGGAGUACGUCCUACCACAGUGCUACUCGGAUCUGACACCGUUCCCAAGUCUUCAGAGCUCUCACCUCAAGUCAGAUCCCCUACUACAAAGCUAGAGAAACCCAAGAAGUAUUGUCCUUACUGUGACAACGUCCAGCAUUACUUCAAUCAGUGUUCAGAUUUCAAGAAGUUCAAUACAGAUCAAAAGUCAGCCUGGAUCAAAGCUGAGAAGCGGUGCUGGAAAUGUGGUAGAAAUCACUUAGCAUCACAAUGCUACCUCAAGGCUAAGUGUCAGCAAUGCAAUCAAACUCACCUUGAAAUAUUGCAUGAAGUCAAUUCCACCUCCACAUCCAGAUCAGAACGUCCAGCCCCAGAGACUAUUCAGCCAGUUACUUACUAUUUAGAUCCUGCUCUUAGAAGUAGCUGUGUACUGCUGAAAAUGGUCAAAGUCUUCCUCUACAACAGCAAGCACAGAAUGGAGACUUAUGCCAUCCUCGAUGAUGGUUCUGAGCGCACAAUCAUCCUCGACAGUGCUGCUCAAGAGCUACAUCUUCAUGGACAGAAUGAGGAUCUGGCACUCAGAACUAUCCGUCAAGACAUCAAGACUGUGAAAGGAAAGUCUGUGUCCUUCUCCAUAUCCUCCACCGCUCACCCCCAGAAGAAGUUUCAUAUCCACAAAGCCUUCACUGCAGCAGAGCUUGGUCUGUCCAAACAAUCACAUCCUGUUGAGUCCUUACAAAGAAGAUAUCGCCAUCUCAAGGGUCUUCCUCUUCACUUCUUCAAUCAAGCUCAGCCAUUGCUCCUCAUUGGUUCGGAUUAUCCUCAUCUCCUCACUCCAGUUGAGCCUGUGCACUUAGGGCCACCCGGGGGUCCUGCAGCUCUCAAGACUCGUCUAGGUUGGACCCUUCAAGGUCCUGCCAAAGUCCUGCUGCACCAGUCAACCUCCUCUCAGUGUCUCCUAAUAAGCAGCUCAAAUCCCACUACUGAUCUGCUAAAACCACGUGUCCAAAUUAUGGCAGAUGGACAUUUUGCCAUAUCGCCAUGAGAAGCUCAUCACCAGAUCAAAGCAGGACAAUGCAGCCAUCAAACUGUUGGAGGAGAAGACCACCAGAGUAAACAUCAACAAUGUUCAAAGAUAUGCCACCCCGCUGCUGUGGAAGGAAGGACUUCCCCCCCUCAACGCUUCAAAGGAAGCAGUCAUGAGUCAUCUGCGCAGUACAGAAAGUCGCCUCUCCAAAAAUCCCAUCAGAGCGGCUACAUACAACCAAGAGGUCAGUAAACUACUGGAUGCAGGUCACAUUAGAAAGCUCACGGCACUUGAAGAUCAACCCAGCGCAGCAGCCUGGUACAUCCCCCAUCACAUGGUCAGCCACGAUGAAAAAAAUCGCCUUGUCUUCAACUGCUCAUUCACUUUUCAAAAUACCAGUCUGAAUGAACAUUUACUUCCUGGUCCCACCUUAGGAUCCACUCUCCUCGGCGUCCUGCUCCGUUUCCGGGAAUACCCCAUCGCAGUGAGCAGUGACAUUAAGGGCAUGUUUCAUCAGGUUCGUCUGCUACCUGAGGAUCAGCCCUUCCUCCGCUUCCUUUGGAGGGACAUGAAUCGCAACACAAAGCCUGACAUUUACCAGUGGCAAGUGCUCCCUUUCGGCACAACCUGCAGUCCAUGCUGCGCGACCUUUGCCCUUCAAAAGCAUGUCAUUGACCACAGUAGCCCUGAUGAGGACACCAGACACUCAGUGGAGAAGUGCUUUUAUGUGGACAAUCUACUCCAGAGCUUUAAAUCCAAGUCAGAAGCGAAACAGCUGAUCACAAAGCUGCAUGGUCUCCUCCAGUCUGGUGGCUUUGAGUUGCGACAAUGGGCUACAAACGUGCCAGAAGCCAUCAGUCACAUUCCAGCUGAGCUGACAUCUGAAAGUUGUGACCUGUGGUUGUCAUUGGAUGAUACCACUCAACCAGAAAGAGCUCUCGGACUGCACUGGCACUGCAAAAGUGACUCCAUCGCUUACUGUCUCCGUCACGUCGAGCACCUUCAGCCCACAAUGCGCAAUAUUUACAAGGUCCUUGCCAGACAAUAUGACCCAUUGGGGCUGCUCAUUCCCUACACCACUCGAGCCAAGAUUCUGGUGCAGCGCCUCUGGGGAAAGAAACGAGACUGGGAUGACCCACAUCUUCCAGAGGACCUGCUUCAGCUGUGGCACGCUUGGGAGAGUGAACUCCACAUUCUCCCUAACAUCUCACUUCCUCGCUGUUACGUCCAUUCAGGUACAGACCUCUCAACAGCAUCCCAGAGCAUCCACAUCUUUUCAGAUGCAUCAGAGAGGGCAUAUGGAUCUGUUGCCUACCUCCGUAACUGUCAACAACAGCGGUGAAAUCCAAGUAGCCUUCCUAGCUGCACGCUCUCGUGUUGCCCCAGUUCGCCAGCAGUCAAUCCCAAGACUUGAACUCUGUGCUGCUCACAUUGGUGCUCAGCUUGGUUUAGUUCUGAAACGCGAGCUCACCUUACCCAUCGAAUCUGUCACAUACUGGACUGAUUCCACAACCGUUUUGCACUGGUUGCAGUCCCCAUCCUGCCGUUUCAAAGUGUUUGUUGGUGCCAGGGUUGCUGAUAUUCAGGAAUCCACAGACAGCGACACAUGGCGGUAUGUUCCUUCAAGUGACAAUCCUGCUGACGACAUAACAAGUGGAUUAACACUUGCCAACAUCCUCAGUGAGAGCCGCUGGAACAAAGGACCCCCUUUCCUCCUUCAAAGGGAAUCAGCAUGGCCUCGCAGUGCUGACAUUCCCUCCUCUGAGGAUCCUGCUGAGCUGCGGAAGUCCACAUUCUGCGGGCACAUCUCCACUCCAUUUCAGCCGAGUUUGCCUGACGCCAGCCAUUUCACUACAUUCAAAGAACUGCUGGAGGCAUCAGUUCAGGCAUGCCACGGGGAGGCCACUGAUUCCAAGACCACCGCUGAAUCUUUCAGACAAGCAGAACUGGCCCUACUCAGAAAGGUACAGAGUGACUGCUUUCCAGAGGAAUUGGGCUUAAUCUCCACCCAAAACCUAAUACCUUCCACCAGCAGACUCCUCACUUUGGCACCUGAAUAUGACUCAGAGACUCAGUUAAUCCGGGUUGGAGGACGUCUACGCCGCUGUGAUUCCCUCAGCUCUGACGUCUUACAUCCUAUUGUUCUCGACUCUCAUCAUCCCAUCACAAAGCUCAUCAUAGCAGACUACGACAGCAAACUUGCCCACCCAGGACCAGAGAGAGUUUUUGCAGAGCUGCGGAGAAGGUUUUGGAUCUUACGAGGCAGAGAAGCUGUCCGUAAGCACCAAUAUCAGUGCGCUGAGUGUCGUAAGUGGCGCAGUCAACCAGUCGUUCCUAAAAUGGCCGACCUCCCACCUUCAAGCUUAAGACUACAUCAGCCAGCCUUCUACUCUACUGGCAUGGACUGUUUCGGACCAUAUCUCAUUAAGAUUGGAAGGCGCACUGAGAAACGAUGGGGCAUAAUAUUCAAAUGUCUCACAACCCAUGCAGUGUACCUGGACCUGCUAGUCAGCAUGGACACUGAUUCGUUCCUGAUGAGCUUACGUCGUUUCAUCGCCAGACGGGGGAAACCCUAUGAGCUGCUAUCUGAUCAAGGGACCAACUUUAAAGGAGGCAGCUCUGAGCUCAAGGACGCCUUCAACUCUCUAUCUUCAGAUCUGCAAUCACAACUUGCCAGCCAACAGAUCCACUUCCGCUUUAACCCACCAAGUGCACCACAUUUCGGGGGUUCAUGGGAGCGUGAAAUCCGCUCCAUCAAGUCAGCACUACACACUAUCCUUGGAUCUCAAACAGUCACCGAUGAAACUCUGAGAACCAUCCUCACUGAAGUGGA